AUGACGUCUCAGGAGGAAGCGUCUUCUUUCAGGAGAUUUUUUCAGUAUGUGGAGGACAGCGGCCUUCGAACAUACGACGGUCUGGUGAUCCAAAACGCCUCUGACAUUGCCAGAGAGAGCGACCGCAUUCGCAACCAGACUAACUGGACCUACCUGCAGGAAAAACACCAGAAGAAGAGACGACAGGAAGAAGCCAUCAAGAGGAUUGGUGAAGAUGUUGCCAUGGCAACAGAUGGCGCAUACUCUGGGAAACAUUUCAGGAUGGGUUUCAUGACAAUGCCGGCACCGCAGGACCGUUUGCCACCACCCAGUCAGGGCUUCACUGUCCGAUCCCAAUCUCUCCACUCGGUGGGUGGAGACGACGACUCCAAUCCCAACCGUAAACAACCGCCACCAAAACCCAAGAGAGACCCCAACACCAAACUGAGCAGCAGCUCUGAGGCGGUGAAUGGAGGCUCCGGAGUCACCAAGACAGAAACUGAAGAGACCAAAGAGACUUCGGAGCAGGCUGAAGCUCGAUGCCAUUUCUACAGUGAAGAUUACAAGAAGAUGCCUCCACCCAAACCUAAAAGAAACCCAAACACCCAGCUCAGCACCUCCUUUGAUGAGUCUUACAUCCAAACCCAUGGCAACAAGAAGUCUUCCUUGAGGUGGGAUAAAUCUUCAUCCCAGAGUCAAAGUCCGGCAUCGAGGGACACAGACGACGAGGAGCCCGUCUACAUUGAGAUGGUGGGAAACAUCCUGCGAGACCUCAAAGGUCAAGACGCUGUGGAGGACGAGCAGAGUGAGUCGGUGUAUGAGGAGAUGAAGUAUCCGAUGUUUGAGGACUUCCUGCAGGAUGCUCACUCCACCAUCAUAGAUCCUGAAGCCUGGACGUCUCGUGGCUCUCUCUGCGACAUCCCUCCACCUUUCCCUAACCUCUUGACUCACCGCCCACCGCUACUCGUCUUCCCCCCCCUCCCUGCUCAGUGCUCCCCGAAUUCUGAUGAGUCCCCCCUCACCCCUUUAGAGGUCACACGUCUGCCCAUGAUGGAUAAUGCCUCCUACAGCAAGUCGGGUGGUGUCGAACAUCCUCAAAGCUCCACCCACCAUCGCAAGGAGCGGGACCGAGACCGGGACCGAGACCGGGACCGAGAACGAGAACGAGAACGAGACCUGGCCUCCACACACACCAUCACCUCCUCCGGCCGCUCAUCAGCUCCACCCCUCCACUCCAACCUCUACAAGUCCUCUGGCUCCGCCCACAGUGGGCAUGGUUACCCCCGAAGCCAAUCAGCAUGUCCUUCUCCGGUCAGCAUGGGGCGCUCUCUGACUCCCCUGAGCCUGAAGAGACCUCCACCGUAUGACGCUCUGAUGGCAGGAGGAAGUAUGCCCCGCUCUUCCUCUUCCUCAUCCUCACACAGGGCUGGGGAGGGCGGGGCUAAACUGAGUAACUCCUCCUCCACCCAUGGCUCCAUGCAAAACGUGUCCAUGAGGUCACAGACACCCACAAGUCCAUUGGAUGAACUCAACAACCUGUUUACCUCAGGUAGACAGGUGAUGAAGAAAGUGUCAGGAGGCAGGAAGAGCAGAGGGAGUGAAGGGGACUCCAGGUCUCUGCCCAGACAUGACAGCAAAGACAGAGACGGACAGUCCAGUCCAGUUUCAAUCAGAAUGGGUAGGUCGUCUGUCAGCCCCACCAUGAUGCUGUCUGGAGGAGGAGGAGGAGGAGGAGGAGGAGGAGAAUCUAAAUUGGUGUGUAAACUUGGCCGUUCAGCAUCAACUUCAGGAGUUCCUUCACCAGGUGGGACGCCACAACGUCACCUGUAUGAUCCGCAUCAUCCCGCCCUCAGCCAGAUGCCGUGGCUCUGUGGAGACGCCACCAUGAUGGAGAUGAUCCUGAAGAAAAGAGUUUUGUGUCGAGAGAUUAAAGCUCGUCAGCGUCCGGAGAAGAAUCUGUGUAAACAGGACAGCAUGCCCAUCCUGCCCAGCUGGAAGAGAAAGCAGCCUCCGCCGUACUCCGCCGCCGCCGCCGCCGCCGCUGGACAGACUGCCACGGUGUUCUGGGACACGGCCAUCUGA